AAUCAUUUAUCUGUUUCUGGACUUUUUGAUGGUUUCCGGGUUUCUGUCAACGUCAAUAUCAUCAAAGCUAUUUACUUUUUUUAAACCGACUUUUGCGUGUGCAUGUGUACGGGCCACAUAUCUAGCUUUCUCUCAUUCAUUAUAAUCUGUUUUUUUUUUAAAGAAAGAUUCUUUAUAAUCUGUUGGGCAGUGUGUACAUCAACAUCAAAGUCUCUCUCUUUCCCUCACUCUCUAUCUUCUGCUCCCAAGCCUUUUGAGUUUUGAGGACUAGAAAGCCAAAAGAUUAUGGAGGAAAGUCAAGAACUUGCUCUGACCCAGUUCAGAAAAUCGGUCGAGAAACUCUCUUCUUCCACAGAGGGAUACGAAGCACCCACAUUGAUGAGGUUCUUGGUUGCAAGAUCAAUGAAUCCAGACAAGGCAGCAAAGAUGUUUGUGGAUUGGCAAAAAUGGAGAGCCUCCUUGGUUCCUUUAAAUGGGAUCACAGACUCAGAAGUGAAGGAUGAAUUGGAUUUCAGAAAGGUCUGUCUUCAAGGUCUAACCAAAUCAGGACACCCUAUGGUGCUUGUCCUAACCUCUAAGCAUUUUCCUGCUAAGGAUCACGUUAUCUUCAAGAAGUUUGUUGUUCAUGUGCUAGACAAAACAAUCGCAAGUGGCAUCAAAGGCAAAGAAGUAGGAGAUGAGAAGUUAGUAGCCGUUAUCGAUCUGUCAAACAUUACAUACAAGAACCUUGAUGCUCGUGGACUAAUCACUGGCUUUCAAUUCUUACAAUCUUACUACCCGGAACGGCUUGCAAAAUGCUACAUCUUGCACAUGCCUGGAUUCUUCUUGACCGUUUGGAGAUUUGUUUGCCGUUUUCUAGACAAAGCAACUAAGGAAAAGAUUGUGAUUGUAACGGACGGAGAAGAAGAAGAAAGAAAGUUCAAGGAGGAGAUCGGAGUAGAUGCCUUGCCGGAAGAAUAUGGUGGUAGUGCUAAGCUCACACUAAUCCAAGAUGUUCUUCUUCCUCAGACGUCUCCACAAAUGUUAACAACAAACAAUAAUAAUGUUUAACUUUUAAGGAUCAGUUAUGCUUUAUUGUUUCUAUUAUGUAAUGACUAUAACAAAACUUUCGUUAGAGAAUCAAUGAAACAUUUGAGAAAGUUGUGAUAGUAUACUCAAUCUGGUAAACGAUCUGUUUUGCUUCCCACUUCAAAACAUUCUUCCUGUUUUUGGUUUUUGAAGUGGGAAGAAGAAGCAACUAAACACAUUGUAAGAUGAUGUGUUAUAGA